AAUUCCACAUAUGGCCUGAAUCUCUCUAUCGCCAAUACCGCAGCUAAACAUUCUUUCUCCGUUACAGAAUAAUUUAUUUGGUGUUUGUUCAGCUUGGAAGAAAAGAAUGCCACUGGACGCUCUGCUUUGUCGUCAUCCAGCUGGAAAAGCACUGCUCCCACUCCAAAAUUUGAGGCGUCGCACUGGAUGUAAAAAUGGCGUUUGAAGUCGGCAUGGACUAAUACAGGAGCCGUGGUGAGGGCCUUUUUCAGGGAUUCUAUGGCCGCCCUCGCUUCCGUUGGCAAGGAAAACUUCCCGCGCGCAUGCUUCUUCAGAGCAUCUGUUAACGGUACAGCGAUGGUUGCGAAGUCCUUGAUGAAGCGCCUAUACCAUCCUGCGGUUCCUAUGAAGCUCCGUAGCUCCUUCACUGAACUUGGGUUCGGGAUCUUUUGUAUAGCCACAACCCUAUCGGGAUCCAUUUGCAGCGUGCCACCUCCGAUGAUAAACCCUAGGCACUGGGCCACCAAUCGCAGAUACCGCAGAUGCGUCUGGAAAUCCGGGGCUAUCACCAAAAGAUCGUCCAAAUAAACGAAAACGU